AUGGACAUUGCCGCUGGCGUCGUUGGUUUCAUCGGCUUAUCAGGACAGAUCUUGCAAGGGUGCAAUUACCUCUGCAAGACCUUCUCUGAUGCCGCGGACGCCCCGGACGUCAUUGUCGCCGUCUCGACUGAAUUGUGCGCUGUCAGAUCCCGGCUCGAGGCUUUCCAGCAUCUGCUAUUGGAAAUACAGGCCAGUGCUCCUGCCUGCUUAAGGGUACAACAAGAUCCCGCUGUUCCGCUACAAAGCUGCCAAAAUGCAAUACAGAAAGUACAGAGCUUUGUAGACAAAUACGCGGAUCUCUCGAUCUCUAUAGCAUCAAGUUCCGGCAAUGUCAAGUCUUAUAAGGCCGCGUUCUACAAAGCAUGGCAGAAAUUUGAUGUGGCAAGAAGAGGUGACCAGCUCAGAGGAUAUGUGUCACAGUUAGAAGCCGCAAAGUCUUCCUUGUUAGCCGUACGAAGCCCGAAGCGACAGAAAAUAAGCAAGUCGGUCUUCAAUGUCUGGUUCGGACGGAUUGAAUUAACGUCAUCAAUCAUAAAGCAAGAAGAUGAUAUAGACUCAGACUAUAUUCCUCCAACACGCCUUCAGGCACGACAGACGAGCUUUCGACUUAUUCUGAAUUCGUGGUUCCUGAGGUUUGGUGUUCUGUUCGAAACUGGACAAAGUAGACCUACAAUCUCCCACCCCGGAUGGGAUAAUCGGUUACGAGUCAUUCGUACCCAUCAGGGGGACUCGUUAGUCUACAAUAUCAUUCGUCGUGCUGACUACGUGGGUUUUCGGCAACUUUUGGAGAGUCGAGAGGUCACGCCCUUUGAUCUUGUAGACUCUAAAGACCUUUUUAAGGGAUCGUUGUUCGAGGCUGUUAUCCGGCAGUUUGGUAUAGAAGAUAAUAAAGAAAACCCCGUCAUGCGAAGAGAUUGGCUCAAUAUUGCAAAGUUGCUUGCAGACUCCGGCGUAGACUGUGGUGUUGGUGGAUCGCUGUUUUGGAUCAUGUUCGCGCUGGCGCUCAGUCUCGAUGAAGUUACUCUAAGUUUGUUCCGCAUCAUAAUGGCACAGAGUCAAACAGAUCCUUUCGAAGAUUCGGGUGAGGCAAUUGCCAAGAACUUGUUUGUUAUGGUUCGCCAUAGUCAGCUCUCCCCUCUGAUCAAGCAAGAUGAGUGGGACCUCUCCGAGUUUACAAAGCUGUUCGACGAUUACGGGGGAAAUGGAUCGUUUCAAUUCAUGGUUAGAACCGAGGGGAAUACGAGGAAGUGGGGGGAAAGGCAGAAGCAGAAGUGGCGUCGAAUGCCAGUAUCUCUUAGGAGGUCAAGAUCUUAUUGUGUGGCCGUAUUUGGGUCGCAUUUUAUUAAAGUUUUGUGGCCGAAGCUUUACUGGUCGGAUGGAAAGCCAGCUUUCUGGCAGUCGAGACAAGCUUGUGAAGAAUUCUUUGGUGAACGUUUCGUUGAUUACGAAUGGCCAAAACUAUACUGCGAAGAGGAGAUACCUUCUUUUUGGCGUUCAAGGGAAGCCUGUCUCGAAGCCUUCGGUGAACCUUUCGUUAAUUGGGACUGGCCAGAAAUGUACUGGAAACAAGAGCUACCUACUUUCUGGCACUCGAGAAAGGCUUGUCUAGAGAUUUUUGGAGAAAUUUUCAUAAAAUAUAACUGGCCAACGUGUUUGGGGAAGACGUGCUUCGAGUUCUUGGAAGGAAAAGGAGCUUUCGGGCAACCUGGGAUGUGGAUUUGCAAAGGGACCAAUGGAAAUAUAUGGAUCACUCAGAUGGUAGAAUGCUGGUCGAAGGAUGACAUUCCCCAGAGACAUCUAAGACAAUAUUGCAUAGACCAAUAUGGCGUCAAUUUUGUCAGAGAAGAGCUACCAUCUCUAUUGAGACGGGAUGGAUUGCCGGAGGAAGAAGUAGUCCGACUGACUGAGGACGGUCCGGAUAUGGAGCCACCGCCCCCUCUUCCAUAUUGGGAGUAUGAAGACAAGUCAGGCCUCGAAUAUGAGGAGUCAGAGGACAGCCAAGAUGAGCAUGAUGCAGACAGCGAUGCCGGCAGCAGAGGAGAGAGCGAUGACGAAGUGAGUGAUGGAGACAGUGAUGACGAACUGAGUGACGGCUGGCACGGUUCAAUUCCGAUCGGAGGGUAA